GUGGCCCUUCUGAUAGCGUCAUUUUAUCUUACAUCGACGUGACUGUGAAUAGAGGCAGUAUAUUUAUUCCUACCAUGAAUUCAUUGUGGAGGGUGAUCAUAUUGCUGCCCCUGGCACACUGUGCCCUAGAUAGCAGAGGGACACACUUCCUCAUUGCUUUCCUAGACAACUUGGCCACCAAGCAUCAAGAUAUCAGUCCUGAGAUAUUCAUCACCACGGCCAGCAACACACCGGUUCAUGUCCACGUGACUUCACCCGGUAGUUCCAAUCCUCAUGUCAACGAACGUUUUGUGAUCAUCCGCGGAGUGGUUCAUCGACUAGCAGUCAACCCUGACUUCCGGUUAGAUCACACUGAGAUGUCUCACAAGGCUAUAGAGAUAACGGCAGAUGAGGAAAUAGUUGUGUACGGGGUUAACAGAGAAGUUCAUUCGGACGAUGGAUACCUUGCUCUGCCUACUGACGUCCUAGGGUCAGAAUAUUACACCAUAUCUUAUGCGCCAUCAUAUUACUAUUGUGUCUUUGCCGUUAUUGCUACCAAAAACAACACUCAUGUCGCCAUUAAACUUCCAAAUCACAAGAAUGUCACCGUUCAUUACAAACAUCACACUUAUCACAGAAACCAGUGGAUUAAUGUCACCAUGAAUAGAUAUGAUACCUUUCAGAUUAGUUCUGUUGGAGAUCUAACCGGAAGUCACGUCAUUUCCGAUAAUCCCAUAGGUGUCAUCAGCGGAAACAAAAAAGCAAUCGUUGCCAAUACUGGAAAUUCGCGUGACCAUCUGACUGAGAUGUUGCUACCCGUUCGAGCGUGGGGCAAAAACUUUGCCACAGUACCAAUUCCUGAGAGAACCGUGGGAGAUCUUUUCCGGUUCGUAGCCAGUCAAGACAACACUGAAGUCAAUAUCACUGGUAAAAUUAACGGUACCCUUUUCUCUGAUCACUUUGUCAUCCCCCAUGCUGGAGGUCACGUACAGAAGAUGUACAGUUCGUUUCUGUAUUCCCACGUGGUCGCCAGUAAACCAAUUGCCCUGUACGAAUUCUCAGUGACCCAGACCAGGAAUGAAAGUGCCGACCCUUCCCUGAUCACUGUCCCACCCAUUGAGCAAUACGCGGCUGACUAUACCUUCACUACUCCCAAAUAUUCCUUAGGACAGUAUCAAAAUUACCUCAUGUUUGUUAUUGACGCCAAACACAAAGGCGGUCUACUACUUGACGGACAUCAAUUACCCCACAACCAGAAAUACGUACACAUACCUGGAACCCAUCUGGUCGGAGGGUACAUCAAUAUCACCGUAGGUACUCACACCGUCACCCAUACCAACCCUAACAUCACCAUAGGGGGAAUCCUAUUCGGCAAAGCCAAACUGGAAUCUUAUGGAUUUCCCAUCGGAUUAUUGGUGGAACCUGUCAAUACUGGAUGUGACGCCCCACCGAUGAUCAGAGGGGAUGAAAUCGACAAUGACUGUGAUGGGGAGGUAGAUGAAGAGGACUGUGACGGAAAAGAUAACGAUGGCGACGGAAGGAUAGAUGAAGACUGCAGCGGCGAAGAACUAACUAUAAUUGGAUGAAAUGGAUAUCAUGUCAAACGAAACAAUGCAAGAUAAUAAUAUGGACUUCAUUUUGUUUAAAAUAAAUUCACAAUAAUUGAAAAAAAAAAUGCUGUAAAUUUUACGAAGAUAUUAAGUGUAUAGUAUUUUUACACUAACAAAGUAAAGAAUCGUUAAGGUG